AUGGACCUGCUACGUGUUCAGAUUCCUUAUGAAGAUCCACUAGUCGUCAGUCUGACGGUUGCAGAAUGCCUGGUUCGGAGAGUCCUGAUUGAUCCAGGAAGUAGUGUGAAUGUCAUGCCCAGGGUGACGUUCGACCGACUGGAGAUCGAACCCGAAAAACUUAAACCCACAGGAAAUCCGUUGCUUGGAUUUGAUGGGAAGCGAGUGGAACCCAUUGGAAUGGUGGAAUUGACAGUACAAGCCGCUGAGCGGGUUUUGACUGAAAGUUUUGUGGUAGUAGAAAUUCAUCCAUCCUACAACCUCUUGAUGGGCAGAGGAUGGAUUCACAGAAUUCAGGGCGUCCCGUCAACCUUGCAUCAAGUGAUUCGAUGUUUGGGUCCGGAUGGGACCAAGAACCCUCCUCCCAGCAAGGAUGGGGAGGAGGAGCCACCAAUCUGA